AAGAGCAUUAUGAACGAUACACAACACAAGCAACAAUGCACAUAGGGAUAUCAACAGAAAAUUAACGGCUGUAAUGUGACGCAUAAAUAAAUAUAUAUUUUUGUUUAUAACAUAUCUUCAUCAAUAUUUUAAGAUAUGUGGCUGCAAAUUGUUGGAUGUAUUUUUUUAGUGAGUUUAGGUUACACUCAAGAUUCCUAUAAUACAAUUAAUGCAAAUGAAAAUAGAAAUGUAAAUGACAAUCAAAUUUACAACAAUUUGAAUUCAAAUUUUAAUCCCAGUUUGAAUUACAAUCCCAAUCCAAACUAUAAUAAUCAAAAUCCAAAUGUGAAUUAUGGAUCAAGUUUUGAUCAAAGUACAAAUAACAACCCCAACCCCCCCAACUACAAUCCAGGUUUAAACUAUAACCUGAACACUUAUGGGGGACAACAAGGGACAUACAGUUUCGGAAAUAUUGAAGAACUCAAAUGUCCGCAACAUUGGAUCCAGUUUCAGAAUUCGUGUUAUCGGUUCAUCAAAUCUCCUUUGAGAGCCUACAGCGAAGCUAGGCAAAUAUGUCAGACAUUCACUCCAGAAACUGGUGGGUCAGAUUUGGUAUCUAUAAGGAAUUCUGAUCAACAUGGAUUUCUUAUCCAUCAAUUGGACAAAUUGGAUCCUCAGCACCGUAGAUGGUAUAUUGGAGCCCAUCAGUCAUCUCCCAAUUAUUACACCAAUCCAGAUGGAACACAAUUAGUAAAUAUGGACAAUGCCUUUUUAGAAAAUGACUCACCUUAUAGAAAUGAUAUAGGAAAAGAUUAUUUAGCAUAUAAUUUUUCAAAAAGUGUGUUACACUGGAGGUUUCAACCAGUUCGGGGAGAUGAACCAUUGUUAUUUAUUUGUGAAGCAAAUGUUGCAGCUGUGCAAAGAUUAGUGAGUGAAGAGAGAGGUCCUACUUAUGGAAUCGAUAUAGUUGAUCCUAAGAAAAUACCAAGAGGGCCUUAUUUUAUCAAACAAAAUUGUUUCAGUUGCUUGGCUGGUGGAUAUCCAACACCUACCUAUGAGUGGUAUAGAGAAGAUUAUGAAAACGAUAGAUUAGUGGCUCAUAAAAUAGACCCCUUACAAGAUAGCCGUUAUACAAUCAGUGGGGGCACUCUCAUCAUUCACAAUCCUCAGCAAAAACUUGAUCAUGCCACUUACCAUUGCAAGGCAACAAACUCAUUUGGAACAAUUAUUUCAGAAAGUGUCCAGCUCAACUUUGGAUUCAUCUUGGAGUUUGUACUGAAACGAUCUCCUGAAUCAGGUGAUCAGAACUGGGGAAAAUCAGUAUAUUGUGACCCUCCGAAUCAUUUUCCUGCUGUUAAAUAUUCUUGGUCACGUGAUUAUUUUCCAAAUUUUGUCGAGGAAGAUGGACGCGUGUUUGUUUCCAAUGAUGGGGCCUUAUACUUUUCAGCUCUAGAAACAGUUGAUAGAGCUAACUAUAGCUGCAGUGUCAAUUCAGAAUUUUCAGAUUCAGGAAGAAAUGGACCAUUUUUCCCUCUACGUGUCAACCCACAUUCCAAUUAUCAGCAACUUAAAUUUCCGAAUAAUUUCCCCAAAGCAUUUCCAGAAGCCCCUACCGCUGGAAAAGAUGUAAGACUGGAGUGUGUGGCCUUUGGAUAUGNAAUCCAAGGUAAGAACACAUUUAUUAAAAAAAAAAUUGUACAAAGACAUUUUAUUUCAGCUGAACCCACAUUCACCAUUCCAUUAACUGACAAGCAUAUGGAUAGUAAGAGUGAACUUAUUUGGACCUGUGAAGCUUUUGGAGUACCUGAUGUAAAUUAUACAUGGUGGAGAAAUGGCAGGCAACUUGUGAUGGGUUAUAUGGAACCAGAAGACAGAGGAAGAAUAAAAAUACAAGAUAAUGUUUUAACAAUAUUGUACUUGGAUCAAGAAAGAGACCCAGGAAUGUAUCAAUGUAGAGCUUCCAAUACACUGAAAACCACAUACUCUUCUGCACAACUCAGAGUUUUGGUAUUAGGAGGCCCUCGUCUUGUGGAACCUUUGAGAGAAAAUAUUGUGUCAUAUGUGGGUAGAGAUAUUGAUCUGCGUUGUUAUGCAGUAACAGAUGAAAUGUUGGAUAUAGCCUACAUUUGGAAACAUAAUGGAAUGGUCAUACGAGAUAUUGAUGUUUUGAAUUCAUAUAACAGAUUGAAAAUUGAUGGGGGCUAUUUAAGAAUUCUGAAUACAACAUUCUCGGAUUCUGGAGAAUAUGAAUGUGUGGUCAAAUCCGCAGUGGGAAAGAUAUUUUCAAAGGCAAGAAUUAUAAUCGAAGGACCACCAGGCCCACCAGGAGGUGUACAAGUGGUGGAAAUAAGGAAGACUUCUUUUUCAAUUCAAUGGACUGACGGAGCAAGCCAUGGCUCACCAAUAAUUAGCUACACAAUUAGUGGAAGAACCAACUGGAACAGUGCUUGGCAGAAUAUCACUUCUGGUAUUCGUGCAACUGAAAUCGAUAGAUACACUGGUAGGAAAGAAGCUGUAAUAGAUAAUGUCCUUACUCCGUGGUCAGUAUACGAGUUCAGGGUUGCAGCAUGGAAUAAUUUAGGGAUGGGUGUGCCUUCGCAACCAAGUCCUAAACAUGCAACUUCACCAGAGAGACCUUUUGUGGCACCUCGAAAUAUAGGUGGCGGCGGUGGUAAAAUUGGUGAUCUAACCAUUACGUGGGAUCCACUGAGACCAGACGAACAGAAUGGUCCUGGAAUAUAUUACAAAAUAUUCUGGAAACGAAAGGAUGGAGAAACAGAAUUCCAGAGCCAAAGUUUGAAAGAAUACGGAAAUACUGGUGUGGCUGUUGUGAAUAUAGAAACAAAGUACUUUUACACUGAAUACAUUGUGAAAGUACAGUCGCUCAAUGAAAUUGGACCAGGCCCUAUCAGCCAAGAGGUUGUCAUAUACUCAGCAGAAGAUAUGCCUCUUGUUGCACCUCAGCUGGUAGUUGCGAAGUCCUACAAUUCCACCGCUUUGAAUGUCAGUUGGGUUCCAGUUGAUCAAACUAGGGAAAAAAUUAGAGGAAAGCUUAUUGGACAUAGGAUCAAAUACUGGAAGAAGGAUUCUGAUGAACGAGACAGUGUAUAUUAUUUGUCGAGAACCACCAGACCUUGGGCACUUAUUGUUGGUCUUCAGCCUGAUACGUACUAUUUAGUCAAAGCUAUGGCGUACAAUGCUGCUGGAGAAGGUCCCGAGAGUGAAAGAUAUAUUGAACGAACUUAUAGAAAAGCUCCUCAAAAACCACCUUCAUCUGUAAUUGUGGUUGGCAUCAACCCUUCGACAGUCAGGGUUGUUUGGCGAUAUGUGCAGCCUUCGCAAGAAGAAGAACCACUCCAAGGUUACAAGAUUCGUGUUUGGGAAAGCGAACAAGACCUCAGCACUGCCAAUGACACAAUAAUUCCUUUCGGUGGGAAAUUAGAAGGAUAUGUUACAAAUCUCUCUCCUGGAAAGACGUAUAAAUUGAGAGUUCUUGCAUAUUCAAAUGGCGGUGAUGGUCGUAUGAGUUCACCAGAGAAAGUAUUCCAAAUGGGUAAGCCGCAAUUUUUCCGAAGCACAGCUAUCAGCAUAAGGAUUAGUAUAUUCAUGGUUACUUUUUCGAUAGCAGUACAUUUUCUGCUUAGACAGUUAUGAUACUUUUUUAUGUAGAUUUUAGUUUCGAUAUUUUU